GCUUCGCCGUGCUGUUUUACACCCUUCUCUGAUUGCCUCCAAAGACGAGUCAACAAGUACUCUGGAUAGGAGCGGUGAAGUGGGUGUGGAUGAAUUGAUAUCUCGUUAUCUACGUGGAACAGGAGAUGUGGAUGUAUCAAAUGGAACGACCGAGCCUAGCUUCGCGCAGUUAAAUUUGGAAGCUCUUCGAUCUAGGGAGGAACAAGAAUGUCCCCUAAAUCAGGACUCACCUCUUAUCCUAGAUGCCGAGACUGUGUCUUCAGUCAUCUUCAACGAUGUUUGGAACGAAAGGAACAAGGCCAUUGCCCUGUUUGUGAAUGAACUUAUAGAGGUCUUGCGUACGAAACGAAAGACGAAAGGGUCAGCUGUUUCCGAUUCAUCACCAGAGCCAGAAGGAUUAGAUAGUCUUCCUUUGGACAAUAAAGAAGAACCACUUGAUCUUGAUGGUAUGGUUGCAGCGGAGGAUGCUAGUCGAAGGGAAGCGGAAGAGGAGGGAGAAGCGUCUGUUAAA